AUGAUMAUAUUUCUAACUAACUUCUUAAACCAACGAUCCUUCCAAGUAAAAAUUGGAGAUCUUACUUCUAAUACUUUUGUGUUAGAAAAUGGAGUACCGCAGGGCUCCCCUCUCGGCAUUUUUUUAUUUCAGACGGCAAUCAAUAACCUUCCCAAUACUAUUUCCAAUCCUGUAAAAUCAAUUAUUUUUGCUGAUGAUACCCACUUAUACAUUCGAGGUACACAAAUUUCUGAUAUGACUAGAUUACUCCAAAAAUGCCUAAAUGACCUUUCCGAAUGGUGCUUCAAAGCUGGCUUUAUUUUCUCGCCUCUAAAAACCAAAUGCAUUCUUUUUUCUAACAAAAGGAAAUUAACCAAACCGAAACUGUUUCUUGGUACUACUCGUUUAACAUUUGUAGAUGACAUUUCAAUUCUAGGUCUAAAUUUUGACACAAAGCUUACUUGGAAAUCUCAUAUUAUGGCACUAAAAAAAAAUGCAUACAAAAGCCUCAAUGUCAUUAAAACCUUAAGUCAUUAUGAAUGGGGUGCCGAAGGCACUAUACUAUUAAAUGUAUAUAGAUCGCUGAAUAAAGAAUUGAACGGAAUUUUAAAGRAAUACCAUGAUUGGAAUCCCAUAAAUAUCUCCAGGUGGCUUGAAGUACAUGAAAAAUACAAAGAAGAAGUAUUGCUUUUGGAAAUACUUCAU